UCUGCUCUCACCCCACCGCGGUCCCCCUCUGCUCUCACCCCACCGCGGUCCCCCUCUGCUCUCACCCCACCGCGGUCCCCCUCUGCUCUCACCCCACCGCGGUCCCCCUCUGCUCUCACCCCACCGCGGUCCCCCUCUGCUCUCACCCCACCGCGGUCCCCCUCUGCUCUCACCCCACCGCGGUCCCCCUCUGCUCUCACCCCACCGCGGUCCCCCUCUGCUCUCACCCCACCGCGGUCCCCCUCUGCUCUCACCCCACCGCGGUCCCCCUCUGCUCUCACCCCACCGCGGUCCCCCUCUGCUCUCACCCCACCGCGGUCCCCCUCUGCUCUCACCCCACCGCGGUCCCCCUCUGCUCUCACCCCACCGCGGUCCCCCUCUGCUCUCACCCCACCGCGGUCCCCCUCUGCUCUCACCCCACCGCGGUCCCCCUCUGCUCUCACCCCACCGCGGUCCCCCUCUGCUCUCACCCCACCGCGGUCCCCCUCUGCUCUCACCCCACCGCGGUCCCCCUCUGCUCUCACCCCACCGCGGUCCCCCUCUGCUCUCACCCCACCGCGGUCCCCCUCUGCUCUCACCCCACCGCGGUCCCCCUCUGCUCUCACCCCACCGCGGUCCCCCUCUGCUCUCACCCCACCGCGGUCCCCCUCUGCUCUCACCCCACCGCGGUCCCCCUCUGCUCUCACCCCACCGCGGUCCCCCUCUGCUCUCACCCCACCGCGGUCCCCCUCUGCUCUCACCCCACCGCGGUCCCCCUCUGCUCUCACCCCACCGCGGUCCCCCUCUGCUCUCACCCCACCGCGGUCCCCCUCUGCUCUCACCCCACCGCGGUCCCCCUCUGCUCUCACCCCACCGCGGUCCCCCUCUGCUCUCACCCCACCGCGCAAAAAAAAAGCUCAACUGAUGGGUUUUGCCGCCACCCUCCACCUCACUCAAUGA